AUGGCGGACUGACGCGAGUCUCACCGUCUGGACUUUAGAACAUGGUUUAUUUCGAAUUUGAGCGUCAUCUCUGGCUAAAUUAACGAUAUGGCCGAAGCAGACAAAAAUGAACAUCUCUUACGGCAAGAGAUUGAACGCCUAAAUGCCGAACUUGCUGAAACUUCGCAAGAGAAAGUCCAGGCGGCAGAGUACGGACUCGCCGUGUUGGAAGAAAAACAAAAUGUCCAACAACGAUACGAGGAACUGGAGGCUAUGUACGAAUCGGUGAAGACGGAGUUAGACUGUGCCAAAGAGGCACUGAAGAACCAUCAGAUAACGUACAAGAAGCAGCAUGAGAGUGGAAUACACCAAGAGGAAUCAUUCCUCCUGGAAACUGCGAUGCGUGAGGAGAAUUUUCAGUCCUCUAUCGUUGACCUUGAAACAGAGCUCAAGAUCGCCAAACAGGCCAUUGACAGAUACAAGAACGAAAAUGAAAAGCUCACCUCAUUAGGCCAUGAACUCCAACAAAAUAUAGAUACUUUGGAAGCCCAAAGACGUCACCUGAAAGAUGAAAUCCGUGAAUUCAAGAGGCGUGAAAAUCGUAAUUCUAGUGAUUAUGCUGAACUUGAAGAGGAGAACAUAUCACUUCAAAAACAAGUAUCACAGUUGCGUCAAGCCCAAGUCGACUUUGAGGCUAUGAAACACGAGAAUAAAAGACUACAAGAGGAAGCUUCUGAUUACAAUGUGCAACUUGAAGAAUCCCUUAACCUUAAGAAAAUCAUUGAAAAGAACUUAGAAGAAGCCCUGAAUUCACUUCAGCAGGAAAGAGAACAGAAACAUGCAUUGAAAAAGGAAUUAGAUCAAAGACUUGCACAUCAGUCUAUGUUUAAUUUGAGUAACUUAGCCCAGCUUGGAGGUUUGAGUGAUGGACUGAAAUUCAGUAAUAACCACGAAGAUAGAGCCCAGAAUGGUGAAGAGGAAGACCCUAGUGACUCUGCAGAACAAGAUCAUCCAGCUCUAAAGAGAAUCGAAGCAGAUUUCAUGAGUCCUCAGAAACCAGAGAAGAAGAGUGAACCUAAACCAAGCCCUGGAAUGGUGAAUGACAUCCUGAGUGAAAUUCACAUGACAGAGGUGUGCAAGCUGGAGCAGUUGCUUGAGCAGAGUGAAAAUGAGAAAUCAGAGUUGGCCAAGGCUUUGGAUGAGGCUCAACACCUUAUCCAGGAAACCCAGAAAGACCUAAUAGAACAAAAGGAACGUGCUGCACAGUUGAAGGCCCACAUAACCUCCAUAGCAAAUCUGGGUGACAAAGAUAUUGCCCCAUCAGACAACUCUGUGGAAGAAAUAGACUUAGAGAUUGAAAAGGAGACUGAUCCCGACAGGAAGGCUAUUCUGGAGUUAAAGAAAAACCUAAAACUAAGCGAAACCAAAUACACAACUGCUCUCAAACAGAUCAGCAACCUUCAAGGUGAAAUUUCCAGUCUUCAACAAAGAAAUCAGCAGAAUGGUUCCAACUCUGAGAUUGAAGAAGCCUUGUUGCAACUUCGCAACAAGUGUUUGUUAUAUGAACAGUCCAUCAAAGAGCUGGAGCAUGAUCUGAAGACCAUGACCCUUGCUGCAGGAGAGGCACAGGUCAAUGUGAACACCACAGAAGAGGAAUUGGUUCGAAUCUCUGAGGAAAUAUCUAACCUCUACAACUUGGUCUGUGAGGUGUCCGGUGAAACUCCCAACAGGGUUCUGUUAGACCAUGUCAAAGCUGCCACCCAAACACCACCAGAGGACCAACCAAAAACAGACUCUAAGGAACGUACCUCAGAGAAUGUGUCCAAUGGUGUGGAGAAUGAUUCCAGCUUGAAGAAUCUCACUGAGAGGAAGAGAAAACAGAAUGGUUCUGCAGAUCCCAUCUCUUGUUACCAGCUAACUGAAACUAUCUCUGACCAGGUGAAAUACCAAAGGGCUGUUGACCAUGUGAUGGAAAUUGCCAGAGAAAGACAGGUAGAUGCUAACGAGGUCACAGAUGUUCAGGAGCUGCAAGAACAGGUGAUGAAGCUGAAAGCAAUGCUAUCCACAAAGCGUGAACAAAUUGCCACUCUUCGUAGUGUUCUGAAAGCCAACAAAUCAACAGCCGAAGUGGCUUUAGCGAACUUGAAACAGAAGUAUGAAAAUGAAAAGGUGAUUGUUACAGAAACCAUGUUGAAAUUACGCAAUGAACUUAAAGCUCUGAAGGAAGAUGCUGCAACUUUUGCAUCCUUACGUGCAAUGUUUGCACAACGCUGUGAUGAAUAUGUAACCCAGAUGGAUGAGUAUCAGCGCCAGCUGGCUAGCGCCGAAGAAGAGAAGAAAACUUUGAACUCUCUGUUACGAAUGGCAAUCCAACAGAAGCUGGCUCUUACCCAGCGACUGGAGGACCUGGAGUACGAUCGGGAGAGAAGGUCUAUGCGCCAACCACGCAAUAACAGUAGGGGCAAGAUGAACUCCUCGAAAUGUUGACAUAUGGUUGGCGGUGACGGACGGACGUACGCGCGUCUUGUAUAUUCCAUAUAACAGGAGAGGUGGCUGUAAUGGGAGCUUAAUAGAGAUCCAGAAUAUGCAAAUUUCCCUUAUGGGUGUGAUAAAGAGCAAGUCUGGGAGCAGAGUUUCUUGCUGUUGUGGCUGCUUGAUUAACCCCACCUGUCCAUCAAUCCCUUUUCCUGUCUUGACUGUAGAUUUCUCACCUGUGUUUUAAAGUCCAUAUUCCUAUCUUUAUGUAUGCAUGUAAAUGUUAUCAACCUGCUGAUCUGAUAACAUGGUGACUUGUUAAAAGAACUAAUACAAGUUUGCUCCUUGUAGUAGCAAUUUCAACAAAUACAUUAUAUCCCUUGGUGGCAUGUUUUAAUAAUGAAAUACUGUUGCUACUCUUUUGUGUACUGUGUUUUACUACAUCCUGGCAUGAAGAAGCAAUAUACAUGUGUAUUACUUCCAGUUAUCUGCAUCAGUGUACUUGGCCAUUUGUGUAUGUGGCCAACAACGGAAAUGCCCUGAUUACCAUGGUGUUUAGACCUGAUUUGUUUUUGUACAGCAUUAGGUGUAGUUUAUUCUGCUGCGUGCAUAUUUGGUUAUACUGAACUACAACAGAAAAGCUUAAAAGCUGUAUAUACGGGUAUCUGCCAGUGCAACAUUGAGGGACACUUUGUAACAAGACCAACAGUACACAAGAACCCAGGUUUUCCAAUGUGCCAAUGACUAAAUAGCCAUGUCGUUAUUCAUGGUCGACGCUAGAUGUUUGUCUAUUGGGGACAGUGAUCCACAAGGCGAACAAUGAGCAUUCCAUCAGAUGACCCUCUUGAAGAAUCAACAAUCUCUGCUUUAAGAUGAGUGUCAGGCUCUGUAAAGAGUGCCACAACCGAACUUUGAGGAACCACUAUGUUGGUGUUAUUUCACCAACCUUGGACUACAGACCCACCCCCACUGGCUUUUCCAUGUGUGAUGACAUGGAUUUUGGAUACAUGGGUCCCUAAUAUUCCUCAGCGAGCCUGAGGGAAAGGUCGAUUUUUUGAGCUCUUUGUUAGUGAGAAUCAACUACAUGAACAUACAUGUAGAAAUCUUUCUUUUGGGUAUGUACUUUUACCCACUUCUAUGAUAUAAUUAUACAGUAGAACUACCCAACCCUUGUACUUUUAAACUAAAAUAUUCUCUUACUAUAAUAUGUGAAUAGAAAUGCUGUGAUUGUAACCUGGUGGUAUUACAUGUAGCUACAAGUGUAUGAAAUCCACAUGUUAAAUACAGAUUAUCCUUGUUUUAACAAGCUAUAUAAGGUUAUGGGUUUGGAAACACUAGUACUUGACGUCUUGCCCAAUUUGUGCUAGUAUUUUGUACUAUUGUAAGUGAAGCAAGAUUAUAACAGUUGACUCUUAAAAUUUGUUAUACUAUGGUGGGUUUCUGAAAAAUAUAGCUUUUAACUGAACUUUUUUUUCUUUUUUUUUUAACGUUUUACAAAUAACUGUACAUAAUGUCUGUACAGUCCAGGGAUGACUGUAUUUAUCUAUUCUAUUUAUUAUUACGGUAGCGUAUUAUCUUAUAUUGGUGAUGUUUUACUUCAAAAAUGAGUUAAUUGUGUCACCAGAUUGCAAGCUGUGCAGUGGGAUUUCAGGCAAUUUUGUCAUUGAAGUAACCACACAGUGGGACUGGUUUAUGCAAGGGUGAGCCUUGUUAUACUAUGAAUGAAGAACAAUGUUGACAUUUUUCAUUACAACAUGUAGUUAGUGUAUUGAUGUAUACUCUGUACCAUUAUACUCACUAGGGUGUAUACUUCCCAUUAUCCUGGUGGAGACACUCAAGAAAAGCAGGGUGUAUGAUUUAUUUUAAAACUUGUUUCAGAUUCCAGUUGAUUUUUUUUUUUUUUUUUUUUUUACACUGAGUGACCUGAAGAGAUUUGCUUUUGUAUUACCUGUUUCUGAAUGACUGUAUUGCAAUUUUCUUUGUAUCAAUUCACAAUGCAUUUAUUAGUGAUUUUCUUUAUUUUGUUUUGCCUUUUAAAGUUUUUGCCCAAUUUCUGAAGGAGUAGCAUUAACAGCCACAAUGGGAAAUUCAUAGGACUACAAUAAACAUGUUA